AUGUUAAAAGAAUAUAAUUUAGUUGUUGUUGGUGGCGGUGGUGUUGGUAAAUCCGCCUUAACCAUUCAAUUGAUUCAAAGUCAUUUUGUUGAUGAAUAUGACCCCACCAUUGAAGAUAGUUAUAGAAAACAAUGUAAUAUCGAUGAAGAACCAGUUAUGUUGGAUGUAUUGGAUACAGCUGGUCAAGAAGAAUAUAGUAAUAUGAGAGAAUCAUAUAUGAGAACUGGUCAAGGGUUCUUAUUAGUAUAUUCUAUAAAUUCCAGAAAUUCAUUAGAAGAAUUACAAUCAUUUUAUGAACAAAUUUGUCGUGUAAAAGAUAGUGAAAAUGUUCCAGUAAUAGUUGUGGGUAAUAAAUGUGAUUUAGAAAUUGAAAGACAAGUAAGUUAUGAUGAAGGAUUAAAUUUAGCUAAAUCAUUUAAUUGUCAAUUUUUAGAAACAAGUGCAAAACAAAGAAUUAAUGUUGAAGAAGCAUUUUAUAGUUUAGUAAGAAAAAUUAGAGAUCAAGAAAACAUAAAACAAAAUGCUAAUUCAAAUCAAACUACUAAUAAUGUUAAUAAUACUACUAAUAAUUCAUCAUCUGAUGCUAAAAAUCCAAAUUCUUCAACUAAUCAAAAUAUACCUAAUGGUUCAAAUACAAAUAAUGCAAAUAUACCCAAUCAACAACAAAAAAGACAACAAAAACAAGCAUCCCAAUCAACUCAACAACUUGCUGGUGAAGCAAAAGAAAAAUCAGGUUGUUGUGUGAUUGUGUAG